GUGAAAAAGCGCACUUUUUCCUAUAUCAUCCCUAGCUAGCCCUUUCGUGGGAGUAAAGAAAGGAAGAGAAGAGGAAAAAAAAAAUCUCGCUUUCGUCCGCGUCGCGUCAGGGGGUAGGAGAGGAGGAAGCCGAGGCUCCGCGAGCUCGCGAAAGGGUUUCCGCCGCCGGGGUCGCGCGGGCGUUCGAGCGGAGCGGAAGGGGAGGAGACAGGAGAGGGAGAGGGAGAGGGAGAGAGAGCGAUGGCGGGAAAAGGAGGUAAGGGCUUGCUCGCCGCGAAGACGACGGCCGCCAAGUCGGCGGAGAAGGACAAGGGGAAGAAGGCCCCCGUCUCCCGCUCGUCCCGCGCUGGUCUCCAGUUCCCUGUUGGCCGUAUCCAUCGCCAGUUGAAGCAAAGGACUCAGGCAAAUGGACGUGUUGGUGCUACUGCCGCAGUUUACUCUGCUGCUAUUCUGGAGUACUUAACAGCUGAGGUUCUGGAACUGGCUGGGAACGCUAGCAAGGAUCUGAAGGUCAAGCGUAUCACCCCUCGCCAUCUGCAGCUUGCCAUCCGUGGAGAUGAGGAGCUCGACACUCUCAUCAAGGGUACCAUCGCUGGUGGAGGUGUCAUUCCUCACAUCCACAAGUCCCUGAUCAACAAGUCCUCCAAAGAGUGAAGAUUAGGACAGGAGCAUCCUUAGUUUAAACUGGACUUUUGUGUGAUGAGUCCUAGUUACCGUGUAGGUUUUAGUCAAGCUUUUCAUAUAUCAGCAAUCCAUCUGUGUAAUGGUUUCCUCGUACUGCUUCAGUCAUUGGAACACUGUAUUUGUGGUCGGUUGUUAACUUUGAUUGAGUACUAAACCUUAAUGCAAACUUGGUUCCCUUUGCUUAA